CUAGUAAUAUGUGAUUUAUAAACGAAAUAAACACUACUGCUUUGUAUUGACAGCCGCAUUUUCUUAUUUUAUGCUGUUUUAGGAUAAUUGAAAAGCAGCUAGCAAUUUGUAUUGAUGGAGACCCUUCUGGAGCAGCAGCGUCGCUACCACGAGGAGCGCGAGCGUUUAGUAAAACUUAUGGUAGAUGAGUAUGCGACGAAGAAGAAUGGUGAAAAGGAGCGUAUACACUCUGAGCAGAGAUUGAAAUGCUUGCUGGAUUUGCACAACAGCUCCACAACUAAGCUAAAAGAACUUUAUGAAGAUAAAGAUAAUGAGCGGAAAGCAGAAAUUCAGGCCCUCUCAGGUCCAAAUGAGUUCAAUGAAUUUUACGCACGUUUAAAGCAAAUAAAAGAGUUCUAUAAAAAGCACCCGUCCGAGAUUAGCAUUCCAUUAUCGGUGGAAUUUGAAGAACUAACCAAAACAUAUAAUAAUUUAGAUGAAAUGUCGGCCUUGGUCGAAUUCACCGACGAAGAAGGAGGUGGCCGAUAUUUAGACUUGAACGAAUGUUAUGAGCAAUAUCUGAAUCUUCGUGGUGUAGAAAAAGUAGACUACAUCACUUAUCUGAUGACUUUCGAUCAUGUCUUUGACAUACCCCGGGAGCGAAAGAAUAGAGAGUAUCGAAAGUAUGUAGAAAACCUGAAUGGAUAUUUGCACAACUUCGUUACGCGUAUACACCCUUUGCUGGAUAUAGAAGCUGAACUAGUCAAAGUGGAGCUAGAGUUCCAACGUCAAUGGCUACAAGGCAGUUUCCCAGGUUGGGCCUCGAAGGAGACAGAGUCGGCUUUGGCCAACACUGGGGCACAUUUAGAUUUAUCAGCAUUUUCCAGCUGGGAGGAAUUGGCUUCACUUGGUCUAGAUCGACUUAAGUCUGCGCUCAUGGCGUUAGGUUUGAAAUGUGGUGGUACUCUUGAAGAACGAGCUCAAAGACUCUUCUCAACGAAGGGAAAGAAGACACUUGAUCCAUCUUUAAUAGCAAAGAAACCGGCUAAUAAAAAUGCUAACUUGCAAUCACGUGAUAAUGAACGUCACAAGGAAAUCGCUCAAUUGGAAGCGUUGUUGUACAAGUAUGCAGACUUAUUAUCCGAACAAAGAGCUGCAACCAAAGAGAAUGUGCAACGCAAACAAGCGCGAACUGGCGGAGAGCGUGACGAUAGCGAUGUCGAAGCCAGCGAAAGUGACAAUGAUGAUUUGGACGAUGCAGAUGAUGUGCCGUACAAUCCAAAAAAUCUGCCACUUGGUUGGGAUGGCAAACCAAUACCUUAUUGGUUGUAUAAGUUGCACGGAUUGAAUAUUAGUUAUAAUUGCGAAAUAUGUGGCAAUUAUACAUAUAAGGGUCCCAAAGCAUUCCAGCGUCACUUUGCCGAGUGGCGACAUGCGCACGGAAUGCGUUGUCUCGGCAUUCCAAACACAGCCCAUUUUGCCAAUGUCACGCAAAUCGAGGAUGCAAUUACACUGUGGGAGAAACUCAAGUCUCAAAAGCAAAGUGAACGCUGGAUAGCAGAUCAGGAGGAAGAAUUCGAAGAUUCCCUAGGCAAUGUGGUAAAUCGGAAAACGUAUGAGGAUUUAAAACGCCAGGGGUUGCUUUAAAUGUGACCUGUGGAAUUUCUUUUUUUAAUUCAUGUAUAAAAACUGAAAUGUUGUCUAAACAAAUAAAAUACUGCUAUAAU